CUCCUAUGCCCAGCGCCGGGCAUGUCGAUUCUCCCCACCGGCCCCCCAAAACGAGACCAAGCUGCCUGGUUCAGAUCUCCGCAGAUAACAGAAAAUCAGCCCGGAGGACCCCCAGGCCCUCAGCACUACCGACAACGCAGCCAGAAGCCCCCGGCUGCGGACCCCACGCCCCAGCUGGGCCGCCUCCGCCCCCAGCCGCAGCAAGCCAACCUCCAGCGUGGCCACGCUGUCCCCGCCCUGAGCCGGCUGCCGCUUCCGCUGCUUCUUCCUUCCACACGUGCUGUUCUGGGGCACAUGCAACAGGCCCCGCCGGGACCAUGUUUAGGAAUGGGACAAAUGCAGAUGUGGCCAUGGAAGGAGGGCCCAGUCCUUGUAAGCGAGUAAAAGUGGAAGCAGUUGAUCCUGCUUUACCUUUGAACUUUGACAGCCCUGAUGCUCUCUUUGAGAGCUUAAUCUCACCCAUCAAGACAGAGACUUUUUUCAAGGAAUACUGGGAGCAGAAGCCCCUUCUAAUUCAGAGAGAUGAUCCUUCACUGGCUGCUUACUUUCAGUCCCUUUUCCAGUUAACAGAUUUGAAGAAUCUGUGCAGACUGGGGAUGUACUAUGGAAGAGAUAUAAAUGUGUGCCGGUGUGUGAAUGGGCAGAAGAAAGUGUUAAAUAAGGGUAGCAAAGUACGCUACCUCCAACUGAGAAAAGAUUUUGAUCAGAAAAGGGCAACCAUCCAGUUUCACCAGCCUCAGAGAUUUAAGGAUGAGCUGUGGAAAAUCCAGGAGAAGCUAGAAUGUUUUUUUGGAUCUCUGGUUGGAUCUAAUGUAUAUAUUACUCCCUCAGAGUCCCAGGGUUUGCCCCCUCAUUAUGAUGAUAUUGAGGUAUUUAUCUUGCAACUGGAAGGAAAGAAACACUGGCGCCUAUAUCAACCCACUGUGCCCCUUGCUCGAGACUACAAUGUGGAGUCAGAGGACAGGAUUGGGGCACCAACACAUGAGUUCACAUUAAAACCCGGAGAUUUGUUAUAUUUCCCCCGAGGGACCAUCCAUCAAGCUGACACUCCUCCUGGACUAGCCCAUUCUACACAUGUGACCAUCAGCACCUACCAGAAUAAUUCAUGGGGAGACUUUCUUCUGGAUGUGAUUCCUGGGCUUCUCUUUGAUACUGCAAAGAAAGAAGUAAAAUUUCGGACUGGCAUACCACGGCAACUACUUAUGCAGGUAGAUGACAUAAGUGUUGCAACAAAAAGAUUAAGUGGCUUCCUGAGGACUCUUGCAGACCGGUUGGAGGGUACUAGAGACCUGAGAUCAUCUGAAAUGAAGAAGGAUUUCAUUAGGAGCAGAUUGCCACCAUAUUAUUUGGGAGAUGGUUCCAAUUUUUCCACCCCAGGUGGAAAGUUCCCAAAAUUAAAUAGUAGAGUAAGACUGCAAUUUAAAGACUACAUCGUUAUGACAGUGGAGGCAGACAAAGAUACAUCUGGCAAGACUCAAGAACAAAUGGUUUACAUCUAUCAUUCUUUGAGAAAUAAGCGGGAGACACACAUGAUGUUUGGAAAUGAGAAUGAAAUGGCCAAGGCUCUUGGACUUCGUUUUCCUUUAUCUCAUAUGGAUGCCCUGAAGCAACUUUGGAGUUCUGAAAUUAUUUCUGUUAAGGCACUGAAACUUAAUACAGAUGCAGAGAAGGAAAACCUGGUGUUAGCACUCUGGACUGAAUGCCUAGUGGAAGCAAUCUAGUGCCUUUGUCAAGUCAGCGCUUCCUAUAAAAGGGUAAAACAAUUUUUCCACUUACUUAAUAAAGAAUCAUUUGCUAUCUUUGCUUAGGCCACAGGGAAAAUUGUCUUACUGUCUGUCUUAUCUUCCAGUCAAAUCUUCAGCCUGUUUUAGGAAAAAGGUCCAUUUAAGAUGGUUCAUUUUAAACUACUCCCAAAAUCAGUUCUGAAGGUGUUCUGCAGGAAUAAAAUGGAUAAGGCUGUAUUAGCUAGUGGGAGAAAAACAGUACCUGCCCCAGCUUUGCUCAAUAUAAGAUUCAGGUGGCCAGAUGUAGCCCCUGAACAGUACUUGUAUGAUUAUGUACUACGUUAUUUGGCCACCUUUAUUUUCAGAAAGGGGCAUUUAAAAAGGGAAGAAACCACAUCUGUGUAUGACAAGUUUAUUUUAUUUAAUCCAGUGUUGUAAAAAAAAAAAAAGCACAACUCUGAUUGCUUUUUCAGUUUAAAUGUGGUAUCUGGCCUUGUUCUUUGGAUAUAGUAACUUUUUAAAAGAUUACCCAAACUUGUUGGUCUAAAAAAGAAAUUCCUUAAAAUAAUUUAGAAGAAAUUUUUUUUAAAUCUAGUUUUUACAGUAAAAAUAGAUAGGUUUCUUCUAUGUGUACAGAAGGAAGGCUUCCAUUAACAUUUUUAAAGCCUUCAGUUACUCCUGUUAAAUACAGUUCCAUUAAAUAACACUGGCACAGCAAUGAGAUGCAUUCACAUCAGUGGGUCCGUUGGAAUUUUUACAGAUGCUUCUUGAAAGGAGCCAAGACGACAAAAGGAAAAAAAAUCCUGUCUCUUUAACUUUUAAAUACCAAACAAAUAGUAAAUCUUAAAUAUUUACAU